ACAUAACGCCAGUAUUGCAGACGAUUCAGACAUUGAAUCAUCGAAAGAAAAUCAAUAGCACAAUUUUUUAUUGAAGAAACGUGCUCGUGAAAUUUUGAAAUAAAUUUAAAUCUAGUGAAAGUUAAUUAAAUAAGUUUGAGGAUAUUAAAUAAUUUAUAAAACCAAAAAUGCAUCUCAAGAACGAAAUGUUUCAUGAAGUUCCUAAAACUGAGGAGCAAAAAUCUCAUCAAAAAGUGACAGUUGUAGGGAUUGGAGCGGUUGGCAUGGCCGCUGCAUUUAGUGUUUUAGCUCAGAAUGUCUCAAGUGACAUAGCCUUAGUCGAUGUCUUUGAAAAUAAACUAAAAGGUGAAAUGAUGGAUCUUCAGCAUGGUUCAAGGUUCCUUAAAAAUGCUAAAAUUACAGCAGACACAGAUUUGUCAGUUUCAGCCGGAUCACGUCUGAUUAUCGUCACUGCCGGCGCUCGUCAAAAAGAAGGAGAAUCACGUUUAGAUUUAGUGCAGAGAAAUGUUGAGAUUUACAAGGGAUUAAUUCCGAAACUUGUUGAGUACAGUCCGGAAACAACAUUGCUGAUUGUCUCAAAUCCUGUUGACAUUAUGACCUAUGUUGCAUGGAAAUUAUCUGGUCUACCGAAAAACAGAGUCAUUGGAUCUGGUACUAAUUUGGAUUCUUCGCGCUUUAGCUUUUUGCUCGCACAAAGACUGAAUGUUGCUCCGACAUCAAUGCACGGAUGGAUCAUUGGAGAACACGGUGAUUCAAGUGUCCCAGUCUGGUCUGGUGUCAAUAUUGCUGGCAUCCGUUUGCGUGAAAUCAAUCCACAUGCUGGUCAUGAAGAGAAAGAUGCUGAGAAUUGGAAUGACUGUCACAAAGAAGUUGUCGAUGCUGCAUACGAAAUUAUCAAGUUGAAGGGAUACACUUCAUGGGCUAUUGGUCUGAGCUGUGCAGAUAUUGCAUCAUCAAUAUUUGAAAACACUAAUGCAGUUAAGGCUGUCUCGACUUUCGUCCAAGGAAUUCAUGGAAUUGAUAAGGAAGUCUUCUUGUCAUUGCCAUGUGUCUUAAAUGCAAAUGGUGUCGUUUCCGUUGUUAAACAGAAGUUGAGUGAGGAUGAGAUGGCUAAAUUGCAUGCAUCUGCUAAAUUAAUGGAUGAAGUGCAGAAAGGAUUGCAAUUUUAAAUUAUUAUGACUAGAUUUUGUAUUUUAGUGGAUGUAAGGAUUAUUUAUUGUCUCAUUCAUAUUAUUUGAUGCCAAAAAAAGCAGCAAGUUUAAAGAAUCAUAAACUGGAACCUGAUCCAAAAAUAGACACGCGAAAAUGUCAAUAAACUGAUCUGUAUGCAAAAUGUCACGCUUUGAACUUGGCAAGCUUCUUGACGAUAGCAAGUCAACUAUAUCCACACAUUUCCUGGCACGAGAAUCAAAUUGGAAGUGACUGUAGAGUAAAAAUAUACAGGUCAUAAAUUUUUUAAUGAAUAACUGCUUAGUAAUAAGUUCUGAAUCUCAGUUCUGAAUUGUUCUCACGUGUUGUUUGGGGAAAUUUUAAAGAGUUAUAAAACUUUAUAAAUAAUUGAGACUUUUUGGCACAUUAAACUACGGCCUUGGGUUUAUAUGAGGUCGUAUCAUUUCAUUAGUUCUUUAACAUUCUUAAAUAAAAUAGAUUUUAUAUGGAACAA